AUGCCCCCUCUCUCUCUCUUCCUCCUAUUCCUCUUCCUCCUUCUCUCCCUCCCCUCUCUCUCCCGCUCUCUCCUCCCGCAUGAAACUUGUCUUCAGAUGGGUUCUCGUGCCGAGAGGCUGCGACUGGAGAAGGUAGAGCAGAGGAAGAGGAUGAGAGACUUGGUGGAGAUGCUAGACCCGAUCGUACCAUCACAGCCCCGUCCUGCAUCUGUGGAGAAGGGGAGCCUUAAGUCCAAGCGUACGCUGCUGCAGCUGCAGGAGGACAUGGUGGUCAUGUUGAGGGCGAUCCGAUCGCAGGAGGGCAAGCCCAAGAAGCUGAUCAAGGUCGAAAAGGCGGAGGUGGCUGUGGAGGAGAAGAAGGACGGGCCAGUGUGUCUCAACGGGAUGCUGGCAGAGGGUAUGAUCUCGAGCAACGCGCUGCUCCUGAUCGAGGUCAACAUCAAGGAAUGGACGGUGCUCAGGAUGAGCAAAGGGCUGCAGAAGUGGUUUCAGCUGCUCCCUGCUCCCGGUCUUAUCGGUCAGACUCUGCUGCGAUUCGUUCACAUGCAGGAUGGGUGGAAGCUGCGUGCGCACACCAGGCAGGCCAUGGGAGAGUCUCCUGCCCCCGGCUUCGAGGCCAGGGUGCUGACCUUCGGCUCUAAGUCCUUCGAGUUCCUCGAUUGUUCCUUCACCCCCACCCAUCAGCCCGUCAACGACAG